AUGGACUUCCAUGGGGACAGGGACGAUGAAUGUGAUCGCAUCCAUCUAAAUGGCGAAUCGGCUUGCGAUUCGGAGGAAGCGAUCCCGAGAGGGACAGCCACGUCAGUUCUUAUCAAGUUGCUCUGCCUUGUAGGAUGGAUGAAUUUAAGACCUCUGGAUGCCACUGAGAAAGCAGCUGCCCUUCGCUUAGGCUUCUGUUGGUACCCGUACUACAACAUUGAAGAUUUCAAGUGCGCAGCCAGCUGGAGAAACAAAUACGUGUAUGAAAACCCAGUCCUGAAAGCCUUGCAGGCCCAGAAGCAAAAGAGCUUCAACAGCCGGACAGCGAUGGACACAGGCAUUCCCAACCUGCCCGAGGGGGAGCCAACGAACGAAACCAAAUCCAAAGGGCUCAGAGGUGUCCCCAAGGCGUCCCCCCAAAUGAAUCAUCCAGACGAGAAGAAGCCAGAAGAAGCGCCCACCCUGGGGCCUUUCUUUUACCUCGGAGGAGCAAAUGGGGUCGAUAUACUCAACGUUUACUGCAAGAGCAAAGGUUGGCAGCGUAUCCAUGACAACCGGAGGGAGGAUUACAUCCUGAAAUGGUGCGAGACCAAGUUUCGGGACACCUAUUACAAUUUCCGAGAAGGAGAACAGCUUCUUUACCAAAUCCCGAACAACAAGAUAAUCACCACAAAGAUCGGCCUUUUGUUGAACCUCAGGGAGUAUGAGCGGGUGAUGAGGAAGAUCAACAGGACCAACAAAAUGCUGAGAAUGGAAGAGUUUUUCCCUGAGACUUUCCGCCUGGACACCAAAGACGAGAGAGAAAUCUUCUUUGAAAUAUAUAGAGAACCUCAUAUCUGGAUCUGUAAGCCCACCAGCUCAAACCAAGGCCGGGGAAUUUUCCUCCUGAAAAACCAAACCGAGGUCAAAGAGUUGGAAGCCAAACUCCACAGCAUGGAGGAAGAUCCUCAGUACAAGAAGCUCCCCUACAAGAACCCCCCGGCGAGAAUAGUGCAAAGGUACAUCGACCGGCCGCUGCUGCUAGAGGGGAAGAAGUUUGAUGUCCGCUCUUACCUCCUCAUCGCCUGCACAGUGCCUUACAUGCUGUUCUUUGGCCAUGGCUAUGUCCGCCUGACGUGCCUGAACUACGACCCGAAAUCGGAAGACCUCACCUCGCAUCUGACCAAUCAGUAUGUGCAGAAAAAGAGCCCCAUCUACUCCCACGUCAAGGAAGAGACGGUCUGGCAAAUGGAACGCUUCAACAACUACGUCAAUGAGAGGUUCAGUCACAUCAAAGGGCUCCCCAAGGAUUGGGUCUUCAACGGAUUCACCAAGAAAAUGAAGGAGAUCAUGUUGCAGUGUUUUCUGGCCGUCAAGUCCAAACUGGACUGCAAGCUGGGUUAUUUUGACCUCAUCGGCUGCGACUUCUUGAUUGACGAAGACUUUAAGGUCUGGCUCUUGGAGAUGAACGCAAACCCAGCUUUGCACACCAACUGUGGGGCGCUGAAGAACAUCAUCCCCACGGUGGUGAAUGAAACACUGGAUCUGACCAUCGAGAUCUUCACCAAAAUUCAAAAGGACCAGGCCCUCCUGCCACUGCAGUCCCUGUGCCAUUUUGCGCUGCUAUACAACGGGCUGGUCUCCGACCACGGCUUGCUGCAGCUCACCAAGAGCAGGACGUCCCUCCGUUCCUUGAGGAGCCACCGGUCCCAGUCCGACAACAGCAGCGUCGGCAGCUCCGGUGGCAGCACUGGCCGACUGAUGGACAAGCAGCCAGCCAAAGCUCCAGAGAAGCUGCUGAAAGGCGAGCCCAAGGUGGAACUGUCCGGCCCGCCUGAAGGCAUCUCCCUCCCACCCAGCAAAGGAGUCCCGCGAAACACUUUACCCAUGCCCCAGAUCCAAAUCUCCAUCAUCCCCAGCCUCAACUGCUGCCCGUCGGUGAAAGCCGUCCUCCGUGGCAACCAGGUCUGUAACAGCGGCAACCAGUAUAUCAUCAAACAAGUCCCAGGGUCGUCGGACAAACAUCCCAAACCUGAGAACAGCAAUGAGAAAGGGAAAGGGUGCCCUAUCUCCGGAGGCAACUCCAAGGACCGUUCCUACGCCACUUGGUUCCAGCAAACCUUUGGGACCAAAUUCCAGCCGGCCAGCAUCAACGGAGCGGGCAGUCCUUUGACCAGCUCACAAAUGGUCUCCCUCCAUCUCCAGUCCAACCUCCCGCCCAACCUCCCGGUCUUCCAAGAUAUUUCCAAGCCCCUCCGCCAGCUCACGACGCACACCAACCCCCCGGCACCCAGCGGCAAGGUUGCGUCGGCACCCGGCGGCCAUCACUGCGACGAAUCGAUCCCAGAAAAUAAGAUCUCCCACCGUGGCUCUUAA